AUGGUGUCUGCUAAGGGCAAGGAGAAGGUGACAGAUGGAGGUAAGGGGAAAAGGAAAUGGAGCGGUGCAGGCGGAGGAGACAACGACAAGACGGGACAGAAGCGAAAGAAUCGCGGUGUGCUCCAGUUCUUCGAUGAUCGGGCGUAUGAGAUCGGCGAGGAUGAUGACGAGGAUUCUAGCGACGAUUCCAUGCUUGAUUAUGCUGUAGUUCAUGGCGAUGCUCAGUUUAAAUGCUCUUACCCCUUUAUUCAUUCAUUAGUUCCUACUCAUAUUUCCAUGAUCGAAAUCAUUUAUCAUGCAAUUCAAAUAUGUUAUCGAGAUAUUUAUGGCGGCGGAGUUCCUGCUAAAAGGACAGCCAUCCCAGCACCACGACUGAUCAGCUCUAGCGAGCUUGAGGAGUUCCGUCCUCUCAUUCAAUACCGAAGGGAUCGUGACACUAACCUGAUGUUUGAGAUUCUUGACGGGAUGUUGCUGAAGGAUGGCUAUUUAUACAAAAAAGUGUCUAUUGACUCACUGAGUUUGUGGGGUGUAAUGCCCACUGAUGAUGAACUCCUGAAGUUUGAGCCUUCAAAAAAGGAUGAAUCUAAUGAUGGACAGUGGCUUUCCCAACUUUUUGGCGAACAAAAGAAGAAGCAUGUUCAGGCCAUAAAGAAGGACAAAGGGGGUGGCAAAGAAGGUGGCAAAGAAGGUGGCUCGUGUAGCUCUACAAUGGAAAAUAAUUUUGAAAUGCAUGAUCUAGUCUUUUUUGGCCGGAAGGAUUUUGGUGUUGUCAUUGGCACGGAGAAGGAUAACAGUGUAAAGGUCAUUAAAGAAGGCUCAGAAGGACCAUCAGUUGUUACCGUCAAACAGCGUGAGCUAAAGAGUGCGUCUUUUGACAAAAAAUUGUUCACCGUUUUGGAUCAGCAUGCAAAAACCAUAUCAAUUAAUGACAUAGUCAGGGUUUUGGAUGGUCCAUUGAAGGAUAAACAAGGAACUGUUAAAAAAAUCUACAAAGGCAUACUAUUUUUGUGUGAUGAAAGUGAACAAGAGAAUAAUGGCUAUAUCUGUGUUAAAGCACAGUUAUGUGAGAAAAUAAAUAUUUCUGGUGAUGCAUCCAAGGAGAAGGGUAGUGAGCCAGGUGGUCCUUCAGGAUUUGAGGAUUUCCCAUCAUCGCCAAAAUCCCCUUUGUCUCCUAAAAAUUCUUGGCAAGAGAGGGAUACUAAAGACAACUCUAAUCGCGAAGAUAAUGGAAUGUUCUCUGUUGGUCAGUUAUUAAGAAUCCGACUGGGCCCUUUAAAGGGGUACCUUUGUCGUGUGUUAGCUGUUCGCCGUUCUGAGGUCACAGUAAAGCUGGAUUCUCAGCACAAAAUUCUUACAGUGAAAUGUGAGCAUCUGUCAGAGGUUCGUGGAAGAAAUUCUGCCAUUUCUCAGGGGGAAAGAUUGCAAGACGCUUCUACAGAUUGGAAGGAUGGGACGGCGUUGUCAACAGAUGGUGAAAAUUGGAAUGCAGGAGGAUUAUCUACAGAAAGGACUUCUUGGUCUGCUUUCCCAUCAAGCUUAACGCUUGACCAGGAAUCUGGUCCUGUUGGUGCGUCUAAUCCCGUGGAUGAUGAUGCCCAAAAAGGCACAGAAGGUUCUGCUUGGGAGAUUAAAGCAACUCCAAAUCAGAAUCCAUCGUGGGGUGCUGCCACAGCUGAUGAGAAAAUGGUUGCCAACGCCGGAUCAGUUGGUAGCUGGGGAACAAGUAGAGAUGAUACCGGUGGAAGCAAGGAAGCUUGGAACAAAACUGGAGCUUCAUCAGAGAAUGAGACUGGAGGAUGGGGUAAUGCAGGUGGAAAGUUAGAUCUACCAGAAGCAAGUGCCUGGAAGAAAGAUACAGGAGCGAACGCCUGGAAGGACGCUGCUGGUUCAAAUGAAGGUCAGAAUGCAAACUGGGGCAACAUUAAAAAAGAUGGCGCAGCAGGUUGGGGAAAGGGUGGGUCUAGCUCAGACAAAGCUGUGGAGUCCCAACCUGAAGGCACUAUGGAAAAUCAAGAGCAAUCUUGGGGCAAGGCUAGUUCAGCUGGUCAGACUGAUUCCUGGAGUAAACCAAAGCCUGUUGGUGCUGAUGGUGGAACUUCGUGGAAUAAUCAGGAUAGUAAACCUUGGGCUAAACAGGACACUUCUUCGUGGAGUAAGAAAGAUGGGGGAUCCUCAUGGAGCAAGCAGGAUGGAGGAUCUAAUGGGAAUAAGCAGGAUGAUGGAGAUUCUUUGCACAAAAAGGAUAGUGAAUCUUCUUGGGGCAACAGAGGUGGUGGUGCUUGGAAGGAAGGGGCUGAGGAGGCUUGGGAGGGAGAGAUGGACCUGACAGGGAAGGAGGAUUUCGUGGUGUACGACUGGAAAAAAGGUUCAAACAAUAACAGUGAAGGAUGGAAAGGUGGCAGCAUUGGAGGCAGUUCAUUUCAAGGAGGAAGUUGGAGUUCAGGUUGGAAUCAAUCAAAAGGGGAUGCUGAUGGUGCGGGUAACACUCAAGCUGUUAGAGGAUGGAACAAUUCAGCAGAUGCUAAAAUAGAUUAUGGCCAAAGCAGUGCUGGAGGCAGUGACUGGAAAACAUCAAAUGCUUCUGCUGGGGAUGUAUCUACUGGGUGGGGGCAACCAUCUGGUCAGAGGGAUACAGCUGGUUGGAAAAAAGAAUCUGCUUCAGGAAACCAGAACACAACUGGAAAAUGGAAAUCUGAUGCUACAGAUGGGGGCUCAUCUAAAGAAUCUAACAAAGUUGAACAACCUAAGCCACCGAUGGCUGGAAAACUAAAGAAUCCAAUAAAGGCGAAGGAUCAUCAGGUUCCUGGAACAAUGAAGAGAGCGGAGGGUGGUCUGCUUUCUAAAGGUGCAUAUGCUGGGAAGUAG